AUGGCUACGUCCAAGUUGCCCUCGGUGUCUAGCGAUGAGGACACCACCAUUCUCAUGACCAAGGAAGAGCUGGAGGCCCUGCGUACAGCCUUCGAGUCCGGCGACAUCCCGCAGGCCGCGUCUCGCCUCCGGGAGCUGCUGGCGUCCACGGAGAGCACCCGGCUGGAGGUGGGCGUCACGGGCGAGUCAGGAGCGGGCAAGUCGUCCCUCAUCAAUGCCUUGCGUGGCCUGGGGGCUGAAGACCCCGGUGCGGCGCUCACUGGGGUGGUGGAGACCACGAUGCAGCCCUCACCUUACCCACACCCCCAGUUUUCUGAUGUCACCCUGUGGGACCUGCCAGGGGCCGGGUGUCCAGGUUGUCCAGCUGAUAAAUACCUGAAGCAGGUGGACUUUGGGCGGUAUGAUUUCUUCCUUCUGGUGUCCCCCCGGCGUUGCGGGGCCGUGGAGACCCGCCUGGCCUCUGAGAUCCUCCGCCAGGGCAAGAAGUUUUAUUUCGUGCGUACCAAGGUGGACGAGGACCUAGCCGCCACCCGCACUCAGAGGCCCUCGGGCUUCAGCGAGGCUGCUGUGCUGCAGGAGAUCCGGGAACACUGCUCUGAUCGCCUGCGGGCAGUGGGUGUGACCGAUCCCCGCGUCUUCCUCGUGUCUAACCUCUCCCCAGGCCGCUAUGACUUCCCGUUGCUCGUGGCCACCUGGGAACAUGAUCUCCCGGCCCAUCGGCGCCAUGCCGGCCUCCUGUCUCUGCCCGACAUCUCGCUCGAGGCCCUGCAGAAGAAAAAAGACAUGCUGCAAGAACAGGUACUGAAGACGGCCUUGGUGUCCGGGGUCAUCCAGACCCUGCCCGUGCCCGGCCUGGCCGCUGCUUACGAUGAUGCUCUCCUCAUCCGCUCCCUGCGUGGGUACCACCGCAGCUUUGGCCUGGACGACGACUCGCUGGCCAAGCUGGCCGAGCAGGUGGGCAAGCAGGCGGGCGACCUCCGCUCCGUCAUCCGCUCCCCGCUGGCCAAUGAGGUCUCGCCGGAAACCGUCCUGAGACUCUAUUCCCAGUCAUCCGAUGGCGCCAUGCGGGUGGCCCGUGCCUUUGAGAGGGGCAUCCCCGUGUUCGGGACCCUGGUGGCCGGGGGCAUCAGCUUCGGCACCGUGUACACCAUGCUGCAGGGCUGUCUCAACGAGAUGGCCGAGGACGCACAACGUGUGCGCAUCAAGGCCCUGGAAGAGGACGAAUCCCAGACAGCAGAGGUCAGCUUGGAGGCAGCUGGUGACAGUAGUGUGGACAAGCGGGGACCCGCGGAAGGGGGUAGUGAGGACGCCCCGCUCUCCACCCGCAGGAAGCUGGGCCUUCUUCUCAAGUACAUGCUUGAAAGUUGGAAGAGACGCGACUUGUCAGAAGAGAAAUAA